AUGAUUAUAGGAAGAGCCUUUGCAUGUGCAGCCCUGGCUUUCGGGUGGAUAUGCGCCUCAGAAGAGAGCAGCACCCCACAAAAAGCACUCCAGAGUCCUGCACAGGAGAAUCCCCGGAGUCCCCAGAGCCUUUUCCAAAACGCCCUGAAACUGCCAGAAGGCGCUGUAAUUUUCCGAAUAACCCGAAUAAACAAAAAAACACACGCAGAAAUCGAGAAAAUGCGGAGAAUCCCCCUGAAGACCCCCAUUAUAACGUACGUUGACGGCGUAAAAGAGAUGCUGCGCCCACAAAAGGAGAAGCAAGUCCCAAUAGUCGUAACACUCCGUGGGAUAUCGAUGCUUUCCAGCCGAGUCAUCGUUUCCAGCCCCAGAGAAAAGAGUCUCCUCGUAGCAGCAUGCGGAAUUCCCCCAGAGAAAGUCUCCGCCCUCCCUGGAGAACCCGAGACUUCCCCCACGAAAACGGUCACCCUCAGAAAGUUCCAGGUUCCAGACGGGUUCUACGUGCUUCUAGCAGGUGCAAACCUCCACAUAAACGCAGAAAUCCGCAGAAAUCGCCUGCAACGGAUUUUUCUCCGGGGAGUUGAUGAGAACCUGAAAAAGUCCAAGAAUAAAAUUGUCCGGGGACCCUACAGCAGGCUCAUGCGAGAGGUCUUUGCAGACGUGCGAAGAAAGGGCGUUGAUUUAGGCCCCUCAGACUCAACGAUUUUAACGGCAGAUUCUGCAGGAAGCCUGGUUUUACGCCUUCCCGGAGUCACUGUGAGAGUAAAUAGGAAAAAAAUGGCAGUUACGGUGGAAACCCGAAAAGAUGCUCCUGCAAUGCCAGGACUGGCCUCAGAAAAGAGCAGGAAGUGGGCUUUCAAGGAGGCAGAGAACAGGUUUGCAGUUUCCCAUCGGCUGCUCGCGUACAGAAAAGGGGGAAGCACAGGGUAUAUGUACAACAGGCCGAGAAGACACCCCCGAGAGAUUUUCGAGCCUUUUUUCGAGGCUUCUCCCCUGAAACGAGUUUUCCUCCGGGGAGAUUUCAGGCCUUCCGGGAUGGGGAUAGUCUCGUGCCGGUUUCUCCUGGGCCUGGCAGAGCACCAGAACUUGCUCGUUCGCUCGGACGCACUUGCAAAGUUCCAAGCCCGGAGGACUCCCCGGGAGCUUAGCUAUAAACUUGUCCGUUUGUACCUGGCAGAAAGCGGGCAAACAACGAGGAGAAGGGCAAUAUACCCGGAGGGAAAGUUUGCCUUGCCCGGAGUUGAGAUCCAGAACAGAUUUCCCCCGUAUCCACCGCAUGAAAUUCCCGGGUACCCGAAAAUAUUCGUCCAUUUCCCGUGGGAGUUCAGCGUCAUUCCCUCCGUUUGGUCUGAGCCUCUUAGAAGGUCCAAGCGCGUGCAUCUCAUCGUUCCGUCGGGGUUCUGCAAGAAAGUGCACGAGAGUGGAGGAAUUGGAGGGCAUCGGAUCCACGUGGUUCCGCAUGGGGUUGCGCACGAGACGUUUAAGAUGCUGCAAGCCCUGGAAUCUCCGCGAAAAAACAGGUUUCAGGGUCUUGAUAAAAAAAACGGAAAAUCCAAAAAGAAUGAUUGCGUCAGAUUCGUGAUGAUUAGCGGAGCACUUGCCAGGAAGGGCUUGGACGUGGGGGUAAAGGCUUUUACAAAGGCAUUUACGCGGAAGGAUAACGUAGUCCUGCGGAUCCAUGCAGCGUACGGGGAUAGCUCUGCAAAGUGGCAUCUCAGGUCUCUGGUCCGGACGAAUCAGGUCCGAAAUGGGCCCAAGAUCAUCUAUACGGAGGGAUACAUCUCCGAUAAAAGCGUGCAAAAGAUGCUUGAGGAGGCACACUAUAACGUGGCCCCGUACAGGGGAGAAGGCUUCGGAAUAAACAUUCUGGACGGCCUCUCCUUUGGGGCAGUGCCUAUUGUGACGAAUGCAGGGCCUGCACCUGAAUUCUGCAGCAAAAAAGGCUCUUUCCUGAUCAACUGCCAGAUGGAGAACAUCCACACUACGCCUGUGAGCCUGCGGAAUGGCAGAGUCUACAUGUUUGACGUUCUUGUAAGCAGAAGCCCGAAAUGGUACGAGCCCAGUCAGGCGCAUCUGGAAAUCCUUCUGAAACAGGCCCGCAAAAUAGCAGGCACAAAGAAGUACGUGCAGAUGCAAAAAGAGUGCUUGCGGACAGCGAAAGAAAUGUCCUGGUCCGCAUCGAUAGAGGAGCUCUUGAAGGUUAUCCUGGGAAAGCGCAAGAGCAAAAAAUAA